UCCUUUUUCCGCCUGCAAGAACAGAGUUAGCCCUUCCCGUGUGUGUGUGUGUGGAGGGCGGGACGAGCUGGCCGACGGAGGGAACAAAGAACGACUGAGUUAACACAUAUGAAAUAGCCUCCUCUACUUAGCCCCGUCUGCAGCCACCAUGUCAAAGCGACCAUCCUACGCCCCUCCCCCUCCCCCUGCCCCCACCACACAAUUGCCUACCGCCCCAGGGUUUGUGGGAUACAACCCUUACAGCCAUCUGGCCUACAACAACCUCCGGCUGGGAGGGAGCUCCGGAGGCUCCAGCAGGACCUCCUCUGGGAUCACCGUCCCAAAGCCCCCAAAACCUCCAGACAAGCCCCUGAUGCCUUACAUGCGGUACAGCCGGAAGGUAAGCAGGAAGGUAUGGGACCAAGUGAAGGCCUCCAACCCAGACCAACUGUGGGAGAUUGGAAAGAUUAUCGGAGGGAUGUGGAGAGAUGACGAUGAGGAGAAGCAGGACUACCUGAACGAGUACGAAGCUGAGAAGAUUGAGUAUAACGAGUCUUUGAAGGCCUACCACAACUCGCCGGUGUACCUGGCCUACGUCAACGCUAAGAACCGGGCUGAGGCCGCGAUGGAGGAAGAGAGCCGGCAGAGGCAGACUCGUAUGGAUAAAGGAGAGCCGUACAUGAGCAUCCAGCCAGCUGAAGACCCUGAUGACUACGAUGAUGGUUUUUCGGUGAAGCACACGGCAGCCGCUCGCUUCCCAGGGAACCACCGGCUCAUCAGCGACAUCCUCAGUGAGAUCGUUGUCCCCGACGUCCGUUCCGUGGUCACCACCGCCCGCAUGCAGGUCCUGAAGAGGCAGGUCCAGUCUCUCAUGGUGCACCAGAGGAAGCUGGAGGCAGAACUUCUGCAGAUCGAGGAUCGCCACCAAGACAAGAAGAGACGCUUCCUGGAGACCACCGACUCAUUCAACACUGAACUCAAGAGGCUGUGCAGUCAGAAGGUGGAGGUGGACAUGGAGAAGCUGGCAGCAGAGAUGGCUGCUGCUGAGGAAGCGGCCAGGCGGGGCGAGGAGAGGGAGCGGGAGGCUGCGGAGCAGGCGGAGAAAGCUGCUCAGCAGGCGCAGCAGGAGGAGGCUGCCGGGAACAAAGCAGCAGAGCAGAGCAGCGAUAAUGCGAGCAGCACAGCUAAUACAACCUCAGGGACAAAGGAGGAGGACAAGCCCACACCCAUGGAGACAGAUGAAGCAGAGCCCUCCUCCGAGCCCCAUCCUGCUCCACCUCCCCCGUCUGACCCCCCUGAUAAAGCCUCGCCUCCCCCUGAGCCCCCCAGGGAGAGCAGCACUCCUGUGAGCAGUGACGACAGCAACAGCAGCAGCAUGCCCCCCCCCCCCUCAGACAGCGCCCCCGGAGCAGCAGCCCCUGAUCCCCCUGCGGCUCCGGAAGCAUCUAACCCCAACGCGGCGGCUCCUCCACCUCCUCGCCCCGCCUCUGAGGAAGCAACCCCUCCACCACCAACACCAAUACCUCCCCCCACCAGCCAGGGCAGCCAGCAGUAUGACGUGUAGCAGACUGUAAGACACACAGUGGGAACUAUAGGACCCCCUUGCGUGUAUGGUGCGUCCAUCUUCACACAUCCUGUGAAUGAGGGUCUGAUGGUGUGGUUAAUAAACAGUUAGCAUGCCUUUCAUGCUCCAGCCUCGUGAAGGGGGGGGCGGGCAAGGAAACCCUGUGAAUUUCUCAACAUUAAUCCUCACACACAGAUUCUCACAUCUAAGAGGGGCUAUUUUUCUGGGUGAAAUAUCAAAAAUCAGCUUCUUCAUUGAAUCGCUGCUACAGCGGCCACGUGUUUCAGAAUACUUCCUCCUCUGACGCCAGGAGGAAGUCAUGUUGUUCAUCUGUAGGUCAAAUGUGAAGCUCCCACUGUGUAGACUGUACUGUUGGCUGUGUCUAGUUGACCGCUCCCUAUUGUGAACCCGGAAAUGUUAAGUACCCCACAGUCUUUAUGAUAACUAACUGCGAACUUGCAUAUGUUGGGCAAUUUGCACAAUUAGCAUGAGUUGCAUGCAGACAAUCGGUUAGAAAAUGGCUUGCCCAUUCUGGACAUUUUCAUGAUCAGCAAAGGCAGUUUUAACCAGAAAAUGGCAAUUUACUCUCCGUAGAUUUUGAUUAAAUGUGGGUUGUUUUUUGAAGAUCUAUGGGACUCUGGAUCAUUUGGAUUGGGCAGGUUGCUUAUUUAUUUGAAAGAUAAUUGUCCCCAGUAGAGGUUAUCGUUCUCCUCUUGUGCUCUCUAUUUGCACUGGUCGCAGCACUUCUCAUGGUAGUCAAGAUCAGCGCAUCGGGGGCACAAAGAUGGCAGAAAUGGUAUCCUCAAUCACCCCCAAAACCACUCGGGGAAUGUCCGAAUCGGCAGAGCCAUUUUUGUACUAUUUUCCACAUAGGCUAUAAUGCAAUUGAAUGAAACUGAUGCUAAAUGUGCAAGUUGCCCAACAUAUGCGAGUUAGCAUCUGGCAGUUUCUAUGUUCUGGGGUUCCGUGCUAUUCAUUGCUAACACUUUGGGGUACCCAACAUUUCCCGGGUUCACGCUGCUGACAGGAAGGCAGAUAUGGCUCAGUGUUGAUGUAGAAACCUUGAAAUCAGCCCUUAUAGUUAACUUCAAUCUGCUGCAGCGGUGGAGGAGUUCAUCACUCUGAUCACCGUCUGAAUCUCAGCGUAUGAUAAAGGACCCCCCCCCCCCAGUCUAAAAACCUCAGACUUUUCUAGUUCCUCGGUUUGUGUGAUUUCUACUGCUGUUACCUCUUUGUUUUUAGAGAUCUAGUGGAUCCUUUUAGAAUGUUAUUCUCAAAUGAAGCCUUCGUGAUGAAUCCAACGCUAGCUGGAACAUUUUGACUGGUGCGGAUUUCAAUUGUUGCGCCGCACUUUUUCUGCAUGGUUUACUCAAUCCUGCAGCAGAAAAAACAUUCAGGCCGAGGAAAGCCGUUUUUAAAAUGUGGGACAAAGACCAUGAUGUGUGUAAGACAUGAAAUGUCAUACACGUCUCCAAGCGGCUCUUUGACACCUGGGUGAUAAAGUGACUUGAGUAUAAACAGUUGACAUGGAUGCUACUUCCGCUGUAUUCAUCUCAUGGACUCUAAGAUCUGUUUUACAUGGAGAUGCUGCUGUGGUCAGACUGUUCCUGCCGUAGAUGCAUUUUAACACCACAGAGAUCACACGCUGCCCCCCAAAUGUAACCUCUGUGCAUUUAAAGGACCUGUUUCUUACUUCAAUCGGACUUGUUUUUAGAAUAUGCCUGUUUUUGGAUCUUUCUUUUUUACUGUCAGGAACUUAUCUCUCCAAAUAAAGAUGAUUUCUCAGUCUGUGGCUGUUAGCUUUCUC